GGCUAAAAGCCGCGUGUCGCACAGUUAGGAGUGUUCGGGACGGCAAGAUAGUGGAGAGUAAAAGAAAAUGGAGGAGAAAGUGAAGUGCUUGGCAUUGGUAGGAGCUGGCGCUCUAUUGGGCUCCGUUUCAACUGUUAUUCUCUAUAAACUUCUUUCAAGAUAUAUGGCAGACACAAGCUCUGAAAAUGGUAAAGAACUUGUAUCUACUACAGCAAUUGGUUCUUGUGCGAUGAAGGGUGAGAUGCCAGGUUUAGAUAUCCUGAAAGAUGAAAUAGUUUCUGAACAACUGACCAGGAAUAUUCAAUUCUUUGGCAUUGAGUUGCAGCAGAAAGUGACUGCAUCAUAUGUUGUUGUCAUUGGUCUUGGAGGGGUUGGGAGUCAUGCAGCUUCUAUGCUUUUGAGAUCAGGGGUUGGCAGGCUCCUCUUGGUGGAUUUCGAUCAAGUAUCACUUUCAUCAUUAAAUCGACAUGCUGUUGCAACCCGAGCCGAUGUUGGUACUCCAAAAGCUCAGUGCCUCAAAAGGCAUUUCUCAUUGAUCUUCCCAGAAUGCUGCAUAGAGGCAAAAGUGCUGCUCUAUGAUGCAAAAUCCGAAGAAGAAAUUCUUUCAGGCCACCCUGAUUUUGUUCUGGACUGCAUUGAUAACAUUGAUACAAAGGUAGCACUUCUUGCUGCUUGUGUACGUAGGGGUUUGAAGGUUCUAUCUGCAACAGGAGCUGGUGCUAGAGCUGACCCUACAAGAAUUCGUGUGGCUGAUUUAAAAGAGUCAACAAAUGAUCCACUGUCUCGAUCUGUAAGGCAUCGUUUGAAGAAAGAUUAUGGCAUUGAAGGUGGUAUUCCCGUUGUUUUUUCCUUGGAGAAACCUAAGGUAAAGCUGCUCCCAUUUAAGGGGCCAAGUGGAGCAGAGGAAAAUCCUUUAGAUUAUCAAAUGGUACCUGGGUUCAGGGUUCGCAUCAUACCUGUUCUAGGUAGCAUCCCUGCAAUUUUUGGACAGGUCAUGGCCUCCUAUGUUGUGACACAGCUAUCUGGAUUGAACGUUCAAACGGAGCCCAUAGUAACCUUAGAUAGUGAUCAUUACCAGGUGCUUCACCAACGCCUUAUUGAGCAUGAAGAAUCCCUCUAUGGCACAAAUGAGGAAGUCCAGGUAGAUGUUGAGGAAGUUAUGUACAUUGCAAAAGAACUAUGGCAUGGCAGAAGUGCAAGGGAGCAAUCCGCAAAAGAUGUAGGGCGUGGAAUGUGGCGAUCAGUUAAUGAGUUAAUGCUUGUGAGGUGGGACAGAACGAAGCCUGCAUCUGUAUCAAACUUGAUUCUUUUGAAAUUUAAAGAGGCAGAUGAACAUGAAUCAAGGACUCUUGAUGAUAUCAGGGAAAAGGAACCUGAAUUUUUUAAGAGGGUGACAUCAGUGCUAAAGCGGGCUGAACUGGACUUUGGCUUGUAAUUGUUAAUGACUUUGUAGUCACACAUAUUCUCUAUGGCAGUAUGAAGCUAAUACAGAUUUUUGUCGAAAAAUGAAUCGGAAUUUAGUAACCUGACGAUUACAAGGAGCCGAGCUGGAUUUUGAUCAAUAUAAUGGACCUACUUUCAAAGUUAAAGAAGAACGUCAGGCCUUGUACCCAUGUUUGCUGCGAUUUUUUCUAGUGAAGAUUGUGCUUUCUGUAGCUAUGUUUUUGGACCCUUGUAUAUGUAGCAAUAUGCCUAGAAAAAUAAUGGACUCAAUGUAAUGCCCUUGGCUUUCAGUGAAUUUUGACUAUAUCCGGGGAUGGUAGAAAUAUGCAGGUUUUUUCUUCAUAAUUAUGGUGAAUUCCAGGUAUAUUUGUUUUGUUUGU